GUGACCCGGGAGGGUGGCACUAUCUUGGGGCACUGUGAAUUGGAGAGAGAGAUGGAAUAUGGUCAAUCAAGGUUGUCACCGAUGGACACGUUGGAGACCCAGACAAAUAAUAUGUCAAUAAGUGACAGGAGGCGCAAUCCGCUUCAUUGGACCAGGAUCAGGACUGUCCUCAUGGAAUUGGGGAUCUCCCUCCUGGCAGGGACUGGAAGCAGUACCCAACACUGGCAACAGGCAUGCUGCAUGCCCUGUGGACUGGUGGUAAAAGUGUGGAGUGAUUUGGAGGAAGAGGACAUGAUUGAACAGGUCCUAGCAGAGCACGACAGGCAGAAUCCUGAAUGCCAUGAACCACGACAAAGGCAUAAAGCAUCAAAACCCUCGUCCAACCGAGGAAUUGGAAUCUUUAGGAACUCCAACCAAGACGACCUCAUCUGCGAUACUGACGCGCUGCAUUUGGAUGACGAGGUUGUGACUGACUGUGCCAUGUACAGCCCGCCAACUAUGACACCGAAGACGCAGUCGGGGAAGCAGCUACCGAAAUCUAGUCACAUGGGUUACCACCCCUCCAAUGCGUUGCACCCCGUCUUCGCGAACAGGAUACAGAGGCUUGAAAGUAUGAGGAUCGGGGCAAAGCUGACGGGAUAUUCCCUCGAGGAGGCAGCAGAGGCGGGAUUCGUCCACCUCCCUCACCAAAACCGAUCGGAAGUCAUGUGCUUCUAUUGUGGAGUCAAGGUUAACCUUCUGCGUCAUAAUGACGCAUGGAUCGAACACGCCCAAGCCAACCCUUUCUGUGAUUUCAUCAAGCGGGAAAAAGGGGACAGUUUCAUCAAUUUGGUAGUUGACAUUCGUGAUGUGGAAAGUGCCCCAGCGGAAUUUGCCCUGCAGACGUCAGCACAGAAACGGUCUCCAUUUACGCCUGCUCCGCAGCAGACAACGCAGCAAGUGCCAAAUGAGCAACCAGCGCACUUCGCCCAAUCCCAGCCUCCCAGGCGACAACAGAUCAGAGAUGUUGACAAACGUGAGAUCCAAGCAAGACUGGACAGAGACGAGUGUCAAUUGAUUAUCGGGAUGGGUUUCUCGCGAGAAUUGGUUGGUCAGGUGAUCGGGGAGCAGCUGAUGUACAACGGGGACGACUUCAAGUCGUUCAUGGACAUGUUUAAGGUGGUGGAAGAGGCUGCGCAGGCGUUAAACAUGAAUUGAGACGAAGACAGUAAACUACAUAAUGUAUAUGUAGGCUAUUUCUUAACUUUCUUCAAAUUUUGGCAGGUGACACAUUCUUACGUUAUACAUGUAUAUAUAUAAUGCUGCAACAUUUCGUCAUAUAACAAUAGAAAGUUACGAGCUCUCACGUAUCACUUGGACGAAAGUACGUGUGACUAACAUUUUUGUCAGCGAGUAUGAAUGUAGCAAGUUAGCUAAAAAUACUUUUGUUUGACAAAUUUUUAAAAGAUUUUGUUUAUAAUAUAGCAACCAGUGCCAAGCGUGUGCCGGCCAUAUUGUUUAAACGAAUAAUCACUUGUAUCAUAAAAAUAAAACAGGUUUAU